GAAGCAGGUUGAAGCAGCGGAAUCACAAAAACAGCAAAACCCACCAGAACAGCUUGUUUCCUGCAGGAGGCUCUAAAUCAGAAACCUCCCGGAUGAGGCGUGAGGAGGAAGAGGAGGACCUGCUGGAGGAGGAGGAGGAAGAGGAGGUGGGCAUGGCGCGGCCGGUGCAGAUCGUGGUGGCGGACGAAGAGGAGCACUCGUUCUCUCUGCAGGAGGAGGUGCUGGAGCGGCUGCUGCUGCAGAAGGAGGUGCAGGAUCUCCACGUGGUCGUCGUCUCCGUGGCCGGAGCUUUCCGGAAGGGGAAGUCCUUCCUGCUGGACUUCAUGCUGCGCUACAUGUACAGCCAGUCGACUCGUCCGUGGAUCGGCGGCGAUGACGAACCUCUGACCGGCUUCACCUGGCGAGGCGGCUGUGAGAGAGAAACCACGGGCAUCUUGGCCUGGAGCGAAGUGUUCGUGGUGGAGAAACCCGACGGCUGCAAGGUUGCAGUUCUACUCAUCGACACACAGGGGGCGUUUGACAGCCAGUCGACCAUCAAAGACUGCGCCACGUUGUUCGCUCUGAGCACCAUGACCAGCUCGGUCCAGGUGUAUAACUUGUCCCAGAACGUCCAGGAAGACGAUCUGCAGCACCUCCAGCUUUUCACUGAGUACGGACGGCUGGCGAUGGAGGAAGUCUACGAGAAACCUUUUCAGACGCUGAUGUUCCUGAUCAGAGACUGGAGUUAUCCCUACGAGCAUCCGUACGGUCUGGAGGGAGGACAAGGCUUCCUGGAGAAACGGCUGCAGGUGAAGCAGAACCAACACGAGGAGCUGCAGAACGUCAGGAAACACAUCCACUCCUGCUUCUCCAACAUCAGCUGCUUCCUGCUGCCGCAUCCGGGCCUCAAGGUGGCGACCAACCCGCACUUUGAUGGGCGGCUCAAAGACAUUGACGAUGACUUCCAGAAGGAGCUGGUGAACCUCGUCCCGACGCUUCUGUCUCCAGAGAACUUGGUGGAGAAAGAGAUCGGAGGAGUGAAGAUCACCUGCAGAGACCUGCUGCACUACUUCAAGGCGUACAUGAAGAUCUAUCAGGGAGAGGAGCUUCCUCACCCCAAGUCCAUGCUGCAGGCAACGGCUGAAGCCAAUAACCUCGCAGCCGUCGCCGGAGCCAAAGACUUAUACAACAAGAGUAUGGAGCAGAUCUGCGGCGGAGACAAACCCUACAUCUCCCCGGUGGAGCUGGAGUGUCGGCACGCGGAUCUCCGGCAGGCGUCGGUGCGUCACUUCCGCUCCGUGAAGAAGAUGGGCGGCGAGGAGUUCUGCCGGCGCUACCAGGACCAACUGGAGGCGGAGCUGGACGACGUCUACGCCAACUUCACCAAGCACAACGACGGCAAGAACAUCUUCUACGCCGCCAGGACGCCCGCCACGCUGUUCGCCGUCAUGUUCGUGAUGUACGUGGCGUCGAUGGUCACCGGCUUCCUGGGCAUCAGCUCCGUGGCAACGCUGUGCAACCUGGUAAUGGGCGCGGCUCUGACGGCGCUCUGCGUCUGGGCCUACGCCAAGUACUCGGGGGAGUUCCGCGAGGUGGGCGGAGUCAUCGACCAGGUGGCGGAAACGCUGUGGGAGCAGCUCUUCUUCAAACUCUUCGAGGUGGCUCGGAGUCGAGUCCCGCUGGCGAGCCUGAUCCCGACGCCGCGACCCCGACUCGCCUCAAACAACAACGUCAAGAAGAAAAACUAGCAGCACUUCCUCCUGGCCUCUCUCCCAUUCAUCCCUCCUCUUCCUCCUCCUCUUCAUCCUCCUCCUCCUCCUCUUCCUCUUCACCACCUUCUGCUCGUUUUUCAGACGGUUUUGAGACGUACGAAGCGGUUUGUUUUAGCCGACGGUUCCUCGCCUUCAAGGACUCGCUGUAGACUCAGACGCCGCCGUGUGAUGUAAUUUCCUUUCUGUCAGUGGGCGGGGCUAAAGUAUAUAUAUAUAUAUAUAAUGUUGGGCGGGUCCAUUAUUCUGUCACUGAGCGUCGUCCCAGGUGUGCCGGACGAUGACUCGACAUUAAUGAUUCCCAUUUAUGUGAAUGUAUGAAUGAAGAGCAUGACCACAGAUCCUCCACACUUUUUAUUUCCUCCUCCUUCUUCCUCUUCCUCUUCCUCUCGUCUCCGUCGGUUUUGUUUCUGUUGCCGGGCAACGCCGCGAGGAGGAGGAGUCACGACCAAAGUUUACAGCUUUACUGAGACUGACAAAUGUUCGAAGCUUUCAGGGAACAUUUACAACUUUUCUGAUUUUUACCAGAAUCAGAAACUCGUGGAAGUUUUUCUGCUCGUCUGAAAAUAAUUUAACCUUCCUGUCGUCCUCCCUUCUGUUUUAACUGUUCCUUCUUUCCUUACUUCCUUCCAUCUGUCCUUCCUUCCUCCUCCCUUCCCUCCUUCUGUUUCUUUCCUUCCUCGAUCCACCUUUUUUCCUUCCUUCCUCCCUUCUUCUUUCCUUCCUUCCU